AUGGCGACCCUGGGGCGCUCUCCCAACGACAAGAGCGAGCUGGAAGAGCUCGAGCGGGACAGUCAAAAGUACAGGGCGGUCCAGGUUGUCGGGAAGGGCGCCUAUGGCGUGGUGGUGCUGGCGCGCGAGAGGGCCACCGACGCACCCGUAGCCAUAAAGAUGAUCAUGCGCGGCGGCAAGACGAAUGAUCGUGUGGAGCGCGAGGUGCUCAAUCACAGAAUGCUGUGCCAUCCACAUGUCAUUCGGUUCAACGAGGUAUUUUUGACGGCAGGCAACCUGUGCAUUGCGAUGGAAUAUGCAGAAAGGGGCACCCUCCUUUCGUAUGUGCAAGCAAGGAAGCGCCUGACAGAGGAUGAAGCCAGACACUUCUUCCAACAGCUCAUGAUGGGCUUGGAUUACUGCCACAAAAUGGGUGUAGUAAGCCGUGACAUAAAGCUGGAAAACACUCUGGUGGAUGGCUGCAACCCUCCCAACUUGAAGAUUUGUGACUUUGGGUACUCGAAGCACGAGAUUUUCCACUCAGCUCCCAGCUCGCGUGUGGGGACGCCAAGCUACCUUGCGCCAGAGAUCGUCACCAACAAGCCAGGAUUUUCGUAUAAGGCCAAGAUAUCUGACAUAUGGUCCUGUGGUGUCUUCCUAUAUGCCAUGGUUGUCGGCAAGUACCCUUUCGAUAGAGCGCAGGACAAGGGGAAGUCGAAUAGGCUGUACAAUCUGCUGCAGAGAAUUGUGAAAGUGGACUACGAGCUUCCAACAGGGGAUUUGUCACCUGCGCUGUGCGAUUUGAUUGACAGAAUGCUGAAGUAUGACCCAGAUGAAAGGAUUACCAUUGGGGAGAUCAUGAACCAUGCAUGGUUCAGAGAGAAGAUUCCAGCAGGGCUUCUGGAAAUGAACCAACAGCUGCGAAUUGCAAAGUGUAGGCAGGGCGAGGAAGCCAUAAAGGGGAUUUUGAGGGAGUCGUUAAAGGUCCCUGAGAUCGAAGUGGAUGCAAUGAUCGAUGAAGAAGAGGCUCGUUUGAAAGAAUCAGAUAUGGAGCAGGACAGUUAUGAGCAAUGA